GUCGCCUUGGCAACAGGACGCUAAGGCUCUAGCCAGACAAAGUGGCGGUUUGGAUCGCGCCCUGGGGAAUCCUAUCAUGUCACGACCGAAGAAUCAAAAUUACAAGGGCCAUGGAUUGCCAAAAGGAAAAGAACGAGAGCAGAGAGCCUCAAUCCGGUUCAAGACCACUCUUAUGAAUACUCUCAUGGACGUCCUUCGCCACAGGCCGGGAUGGGUGGAAGUAAAGGACGAAGGGGAGUGGGAUUUCUACUGGUGUGAUGUCAGCUGGCUUCGGGAGAACUUUGACCACACCUACAUGGGCGAGCACGUGCGGAUCAGCCACUUCCGAAACCACUACGAGCUCACCCGCAAGAACUAUAUGGUGAAGAACCUGAAGCGAUUCCGGAAACAAAUGGAGCGUGAGGCAGGAAAGCUGGAGGCAGCCAAGUGCGACUUCUUCCCCAAAACCUUUGAGAUGCCCUGCGAGUACCACCUAUUUGUGGAGGAGUUUCGUAAAAACCCAGGCAUCACCUGGAUCAUGAAACCUGUAGCCCGGUCACAGGGGAAGGGCAUCUUCCUCUUCCGGAGGCUGAAGGACAUCAUGGACUGGAAGAAGGGCACCGCUGGGAAGAAGCUCACCAGCCUGGAGGCCCAGCCGGCCCGAAACACUGUCAAUCCCUCUGGCAGCCAUGACACAAGAAGUUCUGAUGACCAGAAAGAUGAAAUUCCCGUGGAGAACUAUGUAGCUCAGCGUUACAUCGAAAAUCCCUACUUGAUAGGAGGCCGCAAGUUUGACCUGCGUGUCUACGUGCUGGUGAUGUCGUACAUCCCGCUGCGGGCCUGGCUGUACCGGGAUGGCUUCGCCCGAUUCUCCAACACCCGCUUCACACUGAACAGCAUUGAUGACCAGUACGUUCACCUCACCAAUGUCGCCGUGCAAAAGACAUCUCCCGACUACCACCCGAAGAAGGGCUGCAAGUGGAUGCUGCAGCGCUUCCGGCAGUACCUGGCAUCCAAGCACGGGCCUGAGGCAGUAGAGACGCUUUUCAGCGACAUGGACAACAUCUUCAUCAGAAGCCUGCAGAGCGUGCAGAAGGUGAUCAUCAGCGACAAGCACUGCUUUGAGCUGUACGGCUAUGACAUCCUCAUAGACCAGGACCUCAAGCCGUGGCUCCUGGAGGUCAAUGCGUCCCCAUCACUGACAGCCAGCAGCCAGGAGGACUAUGAACUCAAGACCUGCCUCCUGGAAGACACCCUGCACGUUGUGGACAUGGAGGCCAGGCUCACAGGAAGGGAGAAGCGAGUAGGAGGCUUUGACCUCAUGUGGAACGAUGGCCCUGUCAGCAGAGAAGAGGGGGGUCCUGACCCGUCGGGGAUGGGGAACUUUGUAACCAACACACAUCUCGGCUGCGUCAAUGAUCGGAAGAAACAGCUGAGGCAGCUGUUCCGCUCCCUUCAAGGCCAGAAGAAAACUCCCAACUAAUCCCCAGCAUGAAGAACCACUGGUACCACACUGGUCCUCUCUGCUCCCCAUUUCAGCACAGCAGCACUCAGAGCACUCACCCUCCCUCCCUCUUUCUGGCCUGGCAGCUGCUUUGCUGGCCAGCACCCCACCCUACUUACCCUGGACAUCUUUGCACCAGGAGAGAGACAAUCUCUGGGACUGGAUAGAUUUUAACCUCGAUGGAUUGGUUAGCCCAGCGAAGAGGACAAAUGCAGCAAGUAAUACCCGAGAGAGAUCAUAUCUAAUAAAGGAUUA